UUUAACUAUGCCUAGAAACACAAUUAAAAAGACUGUCAAAAAGAUUAAAAAGCCCAAAACCAUGAACACUAAGUAGAACAACAAAUAGAAAAUCGAUGAUGAUGAAUCAAUCGAUUCAGAAUACUUGGAUGAAUUGGAAAAUCAAAAACCAUAAAAUAUUUCAGAUAAAAGUGAUAGUGAAAUUGAUGAAACCGAAGAUAAUAGAAGGCUGAGAUUGGCUAAAUAAAUUUUAUAACAAACCAAAUAAGAAUUGUAAUCCAAAAAAAAUGAUGACUUUUUUCAAGAUCAUCAUGACAUUCACAUGAAUGAUGAAGACAAAAGAUUAAAUGUAGCCUUACUCGAGAAAGUAUCUUAUCCACCCUAUCAUAGUUCGCUGAAAAACACACCAUCUAUCAAUCAUAAAUCUAAAAAUUUGAUCGACAAUUCAAUCGAGAAACCUAUAAAGGUCAUCUAAGAGCAAUCACAUGCACUUAAGUGGAUGAAUUCGCCAAGCAUAUGUACUCUUGUUCCAAAGAUUCAAGCAUAAUCAAAUGUAAAUACAAUAAUUUGAGUUUUCAGGGGACUUGGAAACCAAGAAGAAGGAGUUCAUUUAGAGAGAAGUUGGCAAACAUGGAGACGGCCACUAUGAUGAAGUUCUCACCCUUUCCUUGAACUUUGAUGGCAAGAUAUUAGCUAGUGCUGGCAAAGAUCAUUCCAUUAAAUUAUGGGACACAACUUCUAAUAAAUUGAUUGAAACUCUUAAACAUCACAAAGCCCCAAUUUAUGGCGUUAAAUUUGGAUAUAACUCUAAUAACCUAUGUAGUAUCUCUUGUGAUAGAACUUUCAUCUAAUGGGAUGCUGCAUAAAGAGCUUAUAUUGAUACAUUGUAAUAAUUACAAGUAAUAUAUAAGUUUUGGACAUAGUACAGAAGCAAAUGACAUCGAUUGCUUUAAUGCUGACGAUUUCUUGAGUUGUGGCUAUGAUAGAUAAAUGAUCCAAUGGAAAACUAAAUCUGGAGGACAGCUGCUUUACAGCGGACAUGAGUAAUCCAUUGAUUGCAUCAGAGCUAUAACUCUUGACACAUUUGCUACUGGUUCUGUUGAUUCUAAUAUCAACCUAUGGAAUGUCAAAAAACGAAAACCCUUGUUUGAAUUGAAUAAACCUCAUGGAGAUAGAUGGAUAACGUCUUUGGUAAUUAUUUGUAAAUAAAUCAAUAGGGAACCAUAUACAACAGCGACCUUUUGAUUUCAGGAUCUUAUGAUGACAAUCUAAACAUAUACAAAGUCACAAAUAAGGAUAUUGUUAAAGUGAGAUCACUUUAAAGUGUAUGAUUCUCAAUAUAAUUUAUUUAGUUCGGAAUAAUCAAUCAUAUUAAUGUAUUUGGCGAUAAAAUCCUAACGGUUGAGAGUCAGGAACAUCGUUUAGGCAGGUGGAUUACUUCAACCAAAAGCAAAAAUUUAAUUGUGUUGUAUUUAUGA